AUGAUUGAACUAAGAACAUCAACUACCAGCAAUAGUAAUGUAUUACCCAAUAGUCAUAUACCCAACUUUAAAACUAAACAAUUUGUAUCUAUGUUAAUGAAAUUAACUAAACGAUCAUUAAUUGAGUUUAUAUUUAUUUGGUUAAAACAAGGGAAUUGUCAACCUCAUUAUAAACCGACUGAUUCCUUAACUAAAGCAGAAUUCUUAAACAAAGUUAAACGAGAAGCUUUACAAAUAAAGCAAACUUCAAGUCAAUAUACCAAGAAACAAAUCAUUGAAAAGAUCGUUUAUGAUUAUUGGUCAAAUGGUCUUAAUUUAUUACAAUUAUCUCAAAUAGAUUGUCAAUUAUUAUUAAUAGAUAAACCAAACAAUCAUGAAUGGAUCCAUUCAACAGUUAAAGAUAUGAAUAAUCAUGAAGUUCCAAUUUCGUUAAAUCCAGGGGAUUUUUUAGAUUCACUAAUUAAACAAUUAAGUCAAGUUUAUAUGACUUAUAUUUAUAUUUGUCAACAUCCAAAAUAUCCAAUUAUAACAAUAAGAAUCCAAGUUUUCGAUUUAAAUACAAUAAGAAUAGUAUCAUCUCGAGCUCAUCUAAUAUCUCAUAGACCUUACUUCUUUUGUAUUCCUAUGAGUUCACCUCAUGUAAUUCACACUCCUGCUUCAAGUACUGUUCAUAAAAUAGUUAUGGAUUCGAUUGAAAGAUCAUUACCUCAAAAUGCCAAUAAUUUAUUAAAAUUACAUACACCAAGACAUCAGUCUCCUAUGAAAUCAAUUCAAUCAAUGUUAAUCUAUACUGGUAAUUCAAGAUUUAGUAAUAGUUUGGGGAUUUGGUCUAAGUAUGCCGAUAAUCGAGUAGAUAUGUUACCUUUAGAUGCCAUAGAGAAUCAUCCUGCUAUUAAAGAUGAUUCAGAUGAAGAUGAACCCGUGGAAACCAAUCUCGAAGAAUCACCAGAACUUAAACGAUUGAAAAAAAUCGCAAAUAUAAGAUUUAAAGGUUCUCCAACCGGUAGAAUAAAAUCAAGAAAUGUAUAUCAAGACUUAAGAAUAAAACAACACCAUGAACAGCAUGGAACCUCUCCUCCUCCGCAGGUUCAAGAAAUUACAUAUGAAUCAUUAGCUCCUGUCCAAAAUGUAGAAUUUAUCGUUAGGGAAACUACAAAACCAACAACAACAAGUAUUAAAUUAAAACUUGUCGGGAAUGAUGUAUUUGGAGGAUUGCAUGAAUUAUGUGUUUGGAGUGACGAUAAGAAUAAAAUGAUAUUAGAUCCGGAAGAAAUACCACAAUGGUUGACUGGUGAAGAAGGGAAUGCAUCUGGAGAAGUUAUAGAUUCAACAUUUAUGAGAAAGUAG